CAAACACAACAGCAAAGAAAGUAAGUGAAGUGGUUUAAACGGCGCCUGUUACCCGCGACACCGUCCUCCUCCACCUCGGGAGCGGGUUAUAGGACCUGACCCGAUAGAAAACAUCAACUUUUGUGAAGGACAAACUCACCUGGAGUGCUGCAUUACCAACAGGACUUGGUAGUCUGCGACCUUUGGACUCCGAAGACUAAGAUUGCUUCAUCAGUUGUGGAACUUUUAUGAAAAUGUUCUGCGACUCUUUUUGGUUAUGUCGGGAUGUCUCCAGCAGUUGAUGGUGCUUGUCCAUGUUCUGAUUUGAUUGGUCUUCCUUCCUUUUGUUGGAAUGUUAGUGUUGACUGCUGGACCUACAGCUGACAACCAGUUGCACCUCGCCGAAAUUGAUCCUAACCUCCUGUGAAGAGUCUCGUAUCUCAGAUACAUUUGUCCCAAAUUUCCAGCCAGUAAUGUCGACAGACGGAGGGGAUCGUGGGAAAGAAAGAGAGCGGGGCGCCCGUCCCAAGGCCCGCCAGAGCCGCUCCGAAGAACGACAGGAUGGAGGAAGGCGGAAAGGAGGCAGAGGGAAGAGGAAAGGCCACCUGGCCCAUGAACCGGCAUCCGAGCGACCGGUUAGUGAUGGGUUUGAAUAUGGAGACUUCUUAAAUAGGCUGGACUCUGGAAACGGAAACUCUUCGUCUCCUGUACGUGAACGCCGUUGGAGGCAGGUUCUUGGCUCAUCAAGUUCUUUGCUGCCUGAGAGAGCCUCCGCCAGGCCAGUUUCGAAUUCCCUCAGUGCAGACCAGCCAGUUUCUGAGACCAGCAGCAAGUCUUCCAGCGGCAGUCGCACCCUCAGGCAGAAGAUCCAAGAUGCUGUAGGCCAGUGCUUUCCCAUCAAGUCCCACAGUGGUGCUUGUGCUUCUGCACAGGGUCUGUCGGCAUCUCCUUCCACAUCCUCAUCCCGGAGGAAGAUCCAUUUGAGUGAGCUGAUGCUGGACAGUUGCCCAUUCCCAGCUGGUUCGGACCUUGCCCAGAAGUGGUACCUCAUCAAGCAGCACACGGCUCCCAUCUCCCAGCCGCCUGUCCUGGAAUCCCUUGCUGGAGCCACAACUAGAUCAUCCUCAUCCACCAGCAUUGCUGCUGCUGCUGGUGCUUCAGCUGCUCCUGUGGUCGAGGACGAGGACGACCGUUUGCGGGAAAGAAGGAGAAUAAGCAUCGAGCAAGGAGUCGACCCACCACCCAAUGCCCAGAUCCACACAUUUGAGGUGACUGCUCAGAUCAACCCACUGUACAAGUUGGGUCCCAAGUUAGCACAUGGGAUGAACGAGUUGGCGGGGGAUGACCGUGCCACUCUUCAGCAACAGCAGCAGAUGCUGCAGAGGCAGCAGCAACAGCAUCAGCUUCUUCUGCAAAGCUGCUUGGACACUCUUGACGAGGUUGCCGCUGCUUCUGCUUCCUCUGUGCCCUCAUUCCCCACCGAAUCCCAUCCAGAUUCGGACUCUUCUUCCUCCUCGUCUCCCCAUUCCUUGACAAGAGGUUCCUCGGUUCAAGUGGAUCACCCCCAAUCCCAGGAUGCCCAGCAUCGCAUCCACACCCAGAUUGAUUACAUCCACUGCCUGGUGCCAGACCUGUUGGAGAUUACAAACCUGUCGUGCUACUGGGGUGUGAUGGACCGCUACGAGGCCGAGACGCUCCUGGAAGGUAAACCCGAGGGUACUUUCCUUCUGCGGGACUCUGCCCAGGAAGACUACCUGUUCUCCGUCAGCUUCCGGCGCUACGGCCGCUCACUACAUGCCCGCAUCGAGCAGUGGAACCACAACUUCAGCUUCGACGUGCAUGACCCCAGCGUGUUCCAUGCACCCACGGUCACAGGGCUCCUGGAGCACUACAAGGAUCCCAACUCCUGCAUGUUCUUCGAGCCACUGCUAUCCAACCCCAUCUACCGCACGCAGCCGUUCAGCCUCCAGCACAUCUGCCGGGCUGUGAUCAGCAGCUGCACCACUUACGACGGCAUCACCGCCUUGCCCAUCCCCAACGCACUCAAGGAACACCUGAAGGAGUACCACUACAAGCAGAGGGUCCGUGUACGCAGGCUUGACACCUGGAGGGAAUGAAGCCUGCACAGUGUGGUAACUGCUUCCACGGCCAGUAUCAACAAGUGCAUUACUGACCACUUCAAGGAACCACUGCACACUGACCCAGCUUGCUACAGCAAACCCGGAUGUCCUGAUGCUUGCGAUUUUGAAUGUUCAGGGAAAAAUAAACUGAUGAGCGUGAAAGGGCUAGAAUAUCCUUGAGAGCUUGCAACAAACCCAGCAAGCUCUGGGUUAAUGGGUGCAUGUCAGUUAGUGUGCCAUGGGCUUAUUUAUGAUCUAUUGCAGGCAAAGGCUCUACGAGUGCCUUUGUGCUAUUGCAGUAUUGUCUUGUGGCGGGAAUGAAUACCAAAGUGCCACUUUUGUUAAAGAAACCGUUUACCCAGUUUUUCAAAUGGCGUUUUUCCACCGUGCAGUGUGGUACGGUACGGUUACACACUACUGUCAUUCCCACUGCCAAGUGAGCAACACCUUACUUGAGCAUCCGUGCUGAAUUUGGUUACCUUUCUCGCUGGAGGAUACAAGUGGGCCCAGCCAUAAUAUGUAAGGGUGGCUGGUCAAGCGUCAUCAGAGUCAGAUGACCCCGGUUCAGAUUUGUAACCGCACUGCGUUGGACCGGACUUCACGGUGGGAAAACGCAAAGUUUCACAAUUGCCGUCUUGCCUUUGGAGGGAGACCGAGUUGUUCAACGGGCUGCGUAGCCUGAUUCUUAAGCCAUUUUAUCUCACUUUUAGUUUAGUUCAGGUUGUUUUAGCACACAGUCACUGAUGUUUCGCUGUUUUUCUUGAGUACCUACCCUAAAAAGGUGCAGUAAGUAAUAUUUGUAUGUUUUGCUUGGCUUGUCAGGUCAUCAGAAUAUGAAGUCACGUGCAUAGUCCUUCAAACUACUGUAGAAAAGAGCGGCAUGGUGCACAUCUUUUGCAUCACGUCAGUUCACUGGGUAACUUUCCGAACCUGCUGACUACUGUUGAUCUUUGUUGCGCUGUCACGAAACGUAUUACUUAUUGUACCUUUUGAGGCAGGGUCAAGUGAAAGUUUGAAAGUUUGAUCAACUUGUCCUUUAACACCUGUCUGUCAUCAGUUUUAGGCGUUUCAGAGAAGGAAUACAGAUUAAAGGCCACUUCGAUCUUAUCUUAUCGAUAAGACAGGCUAGAUCGGCGGUGCUGCUUUGAAUGACUAAACCACGCUGGAGAGCGCCUUGGGAAAUUUCCUAUCUAACUGAAUGUAGCAGUUUAAUAUUUUUAUUUUGCUCAGUAAGACAGAAGAAGAAAGUACACCAACAAACUUCAGUGGUUGGUAAUGCCUUCACCUGCUCGUAAUUGCGUACUUGAGAGUUAAUUCAGGGAACUGCAUGUUGAAAUGUCGCAGAGUAAGAGCUCCAGCUUUCGGGUAUUAACGGUAACCGUGUACAUGAGUCACCAAGUCCACUACUGUUAUCAGUAUUACCGUCUCAGCGCCUUAUGAGAUACUUGGUUUUUCUCAGUCUGGGUCUGUUUUUGCCGCUUGAGGGUUUUAAGAUGGUGAAAAGAUGAACAAUUUCACGCAGUCACCCCCUUACACCACAUGUAAUCAGUCAACCAAGACAUGUUUAGCAUCAAAAAGUAGCUAAGAACCUGUAUUUACAGCCGUCUUGUGGCCUGAAUUUGUUUUCUUUGAUACAAACCACGUCUGUUCGAGAUUCUUAAAGGGGCACUCCGGCCAAAAUGAGAAGUGAACUAACAUGCUACAGUGGUGCCACUGUAUACUCUAGAGCACUCUAGAGAGGUCACUAAUAGGCGGACUGCGGUCCAAGUCCGGACCCAGACGCUGUCCUAUGCGGACCUGGACCUGUAACCGAUAAACUAUGGAGAAUUAUUUAAUUUUGACGGGGUGGUCCUAUUUUAAGCGUAACUUUUCUAUUCAUUACGGUGCCGGUUUAGCGGCCCGGGAGACUCACAGACCAACCGCAUGCGUUGUAAAAAUCACACCUGACGCUACUCAGCCAAUCAGAUCUGUGCAUUACGAUGAGCACUGAGACUCGAGUGAGUGACGCAGGGACGAGGCGAGACAGGCAGUUGGAGGAGAAAGUGAGUCAGAGGGAAGUUAUUUCACAUGGCGUGCUGUAAAAAGAGAAAACUGACAAAUGUUGUUGAAAUAUGACUGAAUUGGACUUUAUUUGAUUUGAUAUUCAGUUGUUGACUGUAUAAGAUGCUGAUAUACCUACUAGGCUACUUCAGUAAACAGUAUAUGGCACUGAAUCAUGAUGCAACUUAGACAUUAUAAUGUUCUGGACCUUCGCUUGAGGAAAUUUUCUCUAACUGGACCUUAUUGACUUUUUAAUUAAAGACCCCUGAUCUAGAGUGAGAUUUUCCCUUUUAAAUGCUAAUAAAAGCCCCUCCUGAUGAUGUAUCUUGAAGGUAGGAGGGGCUUUCUGUAUUUGAAUUAAUUAAUUAAUUAAUUUGUAUUGAUUUGUAUUGAUUUUUUUAGCUAGUGAAGUAGAGAUAGCUAACGUUAACUGCUAUCUUAUUGUAUUCAGCGCUGUGCUAAAAUCUGCACGGUUUUAGGCCGGAGUCUAGCCUUUAGGCCGGAAUGCCCCUUUAACGAAGCUUUCGCUUGGUGAAAAAGUCCCGAAUUAACCUGCCUUAUAGCAAAUAACCUCACAUAUUCACAGAUAAUACUCUCUGAGGCUCUGAUUUCACUGUACUCACAUUUAUCUACUGCACAACACAGCCCAAACAGAUCGUACUAACUAAGAACUGUUGCUUCAUCCUUGCAAUUCUUAUUUUCCGUGGACUGAAUGCACACAAUGUUUAUUGCAAAGUGUCCUCUCUGAUUUUAACUUGGAUUAAUGUCUCUUUUUAUAUUGAACUGGCUCCUCUGUAUAACACUGAUGAGUACUGGAUUUGAAGGGGAAUUCCACCAAUUUUUUCAAAAUUUUUGCACAGUUAAAUGGUAACGAUGUGAACAGUCAGUCAGAGUGGUUUGGUGUGAAAUCAAGAGAAACUUACAGUCGGAAUCGUUCACAGUGGUGGUGAUAGGAACCAGACGUCAGUCCUUAAAAGCUCCGUCACUGAAAGUUAUUACAUUAAAUGGUUAUGAUCAGGGACGUGGUAAAUGGGGGUGCUAACGGUGCUGUAGCACCUCCAGACUGCCAAUAAUAAUAAUAAUAAUAAUAAUAAGUUCUGAACUUUAUAAUGACUUUAGCAAAGCAAAGACCUGUGUGUGCUUGUUUUAAAGUGGAGUUUGUAUGUUUAUAUUCUGUUUAUGUAUUAUUAAAACCUCCAGUAGUGCUGUAUUUUCAUUACAGCGAGCCGAAUUGCUUCCUUGACAACUGUUGGGUGCUUUGGGGG